UCGCUAGAAGAAUGGUCAAGCUCUGCAACUGCAAGCAAGAGAAAAAGAGGCGUCGCUGAGCAGAUCCAGGCAAUGCAUUGACCCAAGUCGCCGCCGGGCGCCUCCCGCCUCCACGACUACAGGCCCUGCACCGGCUCCCCUUCCUUUCUCUUGCUCCCUGGUCACCAUAUCCCCCGUCUUCGCUCUCGCACGGCCGGCGGGACGGUGCCUGACUCGGAUCUAGCUUGGCGAACCUCUGCUGCGGGAACGCCGAGCGCCGAGCAGUCUUGCCGUAUUGUCCCUUGCCGCCGGCGAAGCGGUGGCCUGAAGACCUGACCCGGCUUGAUCCAUCGACGCAUCGGGCUUGAGGUAACUAGUGUUCCAGAUCCAGUUUGUGCUUCGUUGCCUACACACGUACAGGGCGAGAUCUUCAGCAGUUCCGAAAAAGCCUAGAAUGGGGGACCAAAGUGUGCUGGAGCGGAUAGUUAACGGAGACGAGGACCCGAAGGAUCUGCCAUUACCACUGUUACAAAGCAUCACCAAUGAUUUCUCUCAUGAGAGAAAAAUUGGUCAGGGUGGAUUUGGAGAGGUUUACAAGGGUGUACUCACAAACGGGAUUACUGUUGUUGUGAAGAGAAUCAUUAUUACCUUAGCCACAAUUGAUGACAUACUAUUUCGUCGUGAGGUCUAUAGCCUGAUGACCAUCAAUCAUCAAAAUGUAGUCCGGUUUUUUGGCUUCUGUUCUAAUACACAUCAUAAGGCGAUGAAAGAGUCUCGGUCAGGAGAAAUUAACCUUGUCAACGUAAGAGAAAGAUUGCUCUGUUUCGAGUACAUCAGCAAUGGAAGCCUUGAUAAGCAUAUUACUGACGAAUUAAGGGGACUUGAAUGGGAAACACGUUAUGAGAUAAUCACCGGAAUUUGUAAGGGUCUACGUUAUCUUCACGAGGAAAAAAGUAUCAUUCAUCUGGACCUUAAACCAUCAAAUAUAUUACUAGAUGAUCGUAUGGUCCCCAGAAUUAUAGAUUUUGGUUUGGCAAGACCAAGUGAAAACUCACAUGAUAUGGGUCAACAUUUUGGAACACGAGGAUAUAUCGCUCCGGAAUACGAGCAUGAAGGCGAAACUUCAGUGAAGUCUGACAUAUAUAGUUUGGGUGCCAUAAUCAUACAAUUAAUAACGGGGCAUUUCAGUUUCCCUAACAAAAAUAAUGUAAUUCGAAGGUGGAGACACAGGUGGAGUAAGCCACCGACGUUAUUACAAUAUCAGCAGGUAACUAAAUGCAUUGAAAUGGCAGUACGCUGCAGGAAGCAAGAACCGGAAGAUCGACCUUCUAUAUCAGAAAUAAUCAGCAUCCUGACUGAAUCUGAAAGCACGGAUGAGCGCACUGUCCAGAUGAUUCCUUGUUACGUUGAAGAUGACAUGCUUGGUAUUAAGCCGCUUGAACUAAAGCUUCCUUCUGAGCUUAAGGAGGAGAUAUCAUCCUUCACAGUUGAGCUAACCAAUGCUACACGUCAUUGCAUUGCCUUUAACAUCCUACUACAAAACAGACAACAGUACGAAGGGCAACCAGACAAAGGCAUUGUGCAACCAGAAUCCAAGUUUGAUGUGAAGAUAGUGCUGCCACCAUUUGGAGAAAGAUACCAUGCCGACAUGUUCAUCGUGCAGAGCAUGAAAGUGAGUGAUGAUCUUAUUCAUAAGGUUAUCACAGAAAGCAUGUUCCAUGAAGAGGCUGGUAAAGUUGUCGAUGAGGUCAAUUUGAUGGUUGUAUAUGAGCCUACGAAGCCCCAAGAAAAUUUAGAGAGUAGGGAAGACACCAACAUGCCCGCUGAGGAAGCCCCCAUGGCAAAAGAGAGAGACGGUGUUGAGUUUGCUUCCAAAAAGGGGAAUCUUGGUAGCAGCGAAAAAGCAGGUUUGGAAAUAUCUUAUGAUGAAACAGAGAAGAAGCUACUGGAUUCAAAUGCAUCACCCAUGUCUUUUCCAAUUGAUUUUUUGAAGUCCAUCACAUGUGAUUUUUCCACUGACUUAGUACUAGGCGAAGGUGGGUUUGGAGCGGUUUACAAGGGAGUUCUUCGGAGCGGGAAAAUUAUUGCUGUGAAGAGGCUUUUUGAAACCCGUGUAAAAGAGGACACAUUCCAGAGUGAAGUUAGUUGCCUUAUGAGAAUUAAGCAUCCAAAUUUAGUUCAGUUUCUAGGUUAUUGUGCAGAAUCAAGUUGGGAGGCGAUAGAGCCUCCAAGUGGUACUGGACAUCAUAUUUUUGUUGAAACACCGAAAAGAUUGCUCUGCUUUGAGUAUGUACCAAACAAAGGCCUCAACAGACAUAUCUCUGAUGAAUCUUCGGGCCUUGAGUGGGAUAUGAGAUACGAGAUAAUCAAGGGGAUUUGCAACGGGUUGCAUUUUCUUCAUGAUGAAUGUUAUAUAGUUCAUCUGGACCUUAAGCCCGAAAAUAUAUUGAUGGACUCUACUAUGAUGCCCAAAAUAGCGGAUUUUGGUUUGUCGAAGAUCGUUGGCGAGCAGCAAUCAUGAAUUAUCACUAUUAAUAAAGAGGGAACACUCUAAGCUAGACGUCUUGUGCCUCUCUCGUUUUAUAUUUUCCUCAGAUACUUUGCAUCUCCUUGAUUAUGACUGUAGUGAUUCUUACUUUCAUACUAUGUUGCAGUGGAUAUAUGGCACCAGAGUACUUAAUCCGAGGUAUAGUAUCGAGCAAGGCAGAUAUCUUCAGUCUGGGUGUCGUAAUCAUAUAGAUAAUUACAGGCCAUAGGGACUAUCCAUGGGACUAUUCAUAUCUCCAGAAAGAUAGUUCCAACCGCACCGAUCCAUCUUUCCAGCAGUUCGUGGAGAAAGUGAUUGGGAGUUGGAAGAACAAAUUUGUAACCAUGCCGAACUAUAAACCAGUGGAAAAAUAUACCCAACAAG